UUCUACAAAUACGUCUUAUUUAUGAAAGAUGGUGACCUUGGGUGUGUUAUAAUGUUAACUUUUCUUAAAUUGCUAACUUAAUAACUCAUCAGUGCAAUAUGUGUUGACAUUUUAAUACACUGUGCUGACAUGUUAUAUAUAAUAAUAUAAAUGUCUAAAAUAUCAAUUAAGUUAAUGUUGACAUUUCAAUGUCAUCAUGUUAACAUUUUUAGCACACCGCAUUGAUGAGUUGGCAGAGUUAGCAAUUUAAGAAAAUUAACAACUUAUCACACCCUGAUGACCUUAAAUUUUGACCAACAUUUAAAAGUAGUUAUAUCUUGAAAAACAAUAUGCAUGCCCAAUGAGAGAUGGACAGAGUAGGACUAAGACUAGACAUCUUCUCCCAAACAUAAAAUUUGAAUAUCUAAAUAGAGAAAAUAAUAAUGAAAUAAAUAUACUAUAUGCUCCAUAUAAGGCAUUAAUUUGGUGGGAGAAGAAAAGUGGAACAUUCUUUGACCCAAAAAACAAUGAUGAUAUUCUUAUUGAGGCCCAGAAAUGGACCCUAAAAAACAUGUGCAUUUAUCACUUAUCAUGCAUACAAGUAUUGAAUCAAAUAGUAGGGAGCAUUUAUUUUUCAAUAGAAAAAAUAGCAGUAUUUGAGGGUAGGAUUGGGCUAUAUAUAAAGUUGAGAGAUAGGGACAGAAUAUAGAAAAAGGAUCAAAUGGUGAAAUUCAAGAGGGUAUGUGUUUUCUGUGGAAGUAAUGUUGGAUAUAGAAAGAUAUUCAGUGAUGCAGCUCUUGAUCUUGGAAAAGAACUGGUGAAGAGAAAGAUGGAUCUGGUAUACGGAGGAGGGAGCGUGGGGCUGAUGGGUUUGGUGUCUGAAACGGUCUACGAUGGCGGACGCAGCGUUCUAGGAGUUAUCCCAACAGCUCUUGUCCCUGUGGAGAUAUCUGGUCACGCAGUGGGAGAGGUGAUGGUAGUGGCUGAUAUGCACCAACGCAAGGCGGAGAUGGCUAGUCGAGCCGACGCCUUUAUAGCGCUUCCCGGGGGCUAUGGAACUAUGGAGGAGUUGCUGGAGAUGAUAACCUGGUCACAACUUGGGAUUCACAACAAACCAGUCGGGCUCUUGAACGUCGAUGGAUACUAUGACUGCUUGCUCGGGAUAUUCGACAAAGGUGUCCAAGAAGGGUUCAUCAAACACUCAGACAGAAAUAUAGUCAUUGCUGCUAAGACUGCUGGAGAGCUUAUACAAAAGAUGGAGGGCCAUGAACCGGUGCAAACCCAAGUAGCACCGAGUAGAAGUUGGAAUGAAGAAGACCCUGAGACAGCAAACUUAUAGCCGUUGUGGACAUUUCAAAGUUUUUGGUCUCACUAAAGCUUUUCUACUUAUGGUACAGAGUUGUGUGUGGAAGGGAGAGGCAAAACAGGGAAAAAAUGUGAAUGAAUUUUUGCCCGAAAUCGUAAUGUUCCUCUUUGUUGUUGCUCAUUCCUUCAAGAAACUAAAUUAUUCACAAUGGAAUAAUCAUGUUUGCACAUAAA